CCAGCUUUGUCGUCGUCGUUCACCGUUCAGCGUCUCAUCAGCUUCAGCAAGCUCCGCACUGCACAGCAGCCAGACGUGGACCAGAAUACAAAGGCUCAACACUGUUCCUGCUACUUUUGGCCUUUCGCUCGUCAAAUCUCGAUCGACCAGCGAUACACCUUCCGCUUUGUACGCCAAGAUGGCCGACCCGGAGCCUCGCGCCGAUCUGGGGGCGGAGAGGAAGGAAGACGCUGUAGGAGGCGAGCCACAUCCCGGCGCCAACGACCUGGGGCAAGCAAAGUCGGACGCAGUGCAAGACAGCGACCUGCCUCAGUCAGAAUCGAGCGACGAGGGAGCUGCUGAAGCAGCAGCAGCAAGAGCAGGGCGGAAUGAUCCGCCUCGUAGCAGAUCUGUUCCCAAGAUAGGCUCGGUACCUGCACAUCGAGCGCAGCAGGGUGAAUCAAGAACUCAUACGCCUUCCUCUUCCAUCUGUAAAGCGUCCGAAAUCUUGUCCGUCAUUUCGGCUCUCGCUAGCGCGCCCAAAACCUCGGAAGCAGCGACCAAGGUGCAUUUGGAGACGUUGAAGACUCGUCCCAGCUUGGCGUUGAGGAUAGAGCUUUCUAGCGAUUUGCAAGAAUUGCUCUUUAUCGAUGACCAGUACGAAGUGGGCAGGAGCGCUGCCGACGAUCUCAACGCCAAUGGAGAUCUUGAUCAGCCUGUGGAACAAGUUGCAGUCGAGCGCACGGUCGAGAUGGAGGCUAAAAGCGAGCUGCCACAGUCAACGGCUAUGAAGGAGGAGGACGUGCAAGAGAGGCGUAAUGCGGCAAAGCCUCAGCCGACCAAAGAGCAACAACGACUUGAUGAGGACAUGGAAGGCUCUGCCCAAUCCACUUGCCUUGCAGACCUUGGCGUGCAUCCACAAGCAGAACAAAAAAGAAGUGUUGUCGUCUUUCGCGCCAGAUCGCAGGUGCCGGGAUUCUUCAAUUACAAAGGCAAGCAUGUCGGUGCGCUCACAAUCGGAAUUGGCAGUCACGGACCUUUUGUGUACGAAGCGCACCCGAUCAGAGACACGUACGACGAUUGGCUUCUGACGGGCCUGCCCCAGUGGGGUCUGCAAGGCUACAAGUGCCGAAUGGACUAUGGAUUGAAAAGACAGACCCACAAGAGGAUCUUCUUCACUGCGCCGGAUGGCAAAAGGUACAUGUGGUUGACCCACGAUAGUACGCACAAUAUGGAGCUGUACCACGUCACCAGAGCCCAGUUGACGCUGUGCUGCGCUGAAGUGCGAACCAUCAAAUUCGAAAGGGCAGGCAAACAGCGGUACAUGACGCACAUCUACCUUUGUGAGCCUUCACGCCCCUCGAAGAGAGAAGCGUACGCAAAGCUCAGCAUCUAUGCAUCCAUUUCCACAGAUCCGGACGAUGCCGAAAAAGAGACGACAGCGAUCGCUGACGUCGCCUUGACGUGCGCGUCGUACAUCGCAGCUGCGUGAGUCUCGAGUCUGUAAAGCCUGCGUUAGCUUGCGGCUUGUCGAGCGGUACUGAUCAGACCUUCGCGCACGGCUGAUCCUCCUAAUUUUAGCACUCUUCGCAAGGAAGCAAGCGGCCGAUGGCCUGUCUUCGAGAACCUUGACUGAGGCUGCGAGGCGCGUUCGAGUGCGUGAGCAUCGAGCGUCGU